CCAGUCUGGCGAUGGGCCGCCCUCUGGGCACCGAGCAGCCUCCCGAGGCCUGACCGACCGCGAGGACCCGGGAGGAUCCUCGCCUGGAUGUCAAGCGAAUGCCUCUGGCCUCUCCAGCGAACUCGGUGGAAACCAUGGCUUCUUUGAUGCCUCUUUCCCCAUAUCUGAGUCCCACGGUCCUCCUGCUGGUCAGCUGUGACCUGGGUUUUGUGCGAGCAGACCGACCCCCCUCUCCUGUGAAUGUGACGGUCACUCAUCUCAGAGCCAACUCGGCCACUGUGUCCUGGGACGUCCCAGAAGGCAACAUCGUCAUUGGCUACUCCAUUUCCCAGCAACGACAGAAUGGCCCUGGGCAGCGUGUAAUCAGAGAGGUGAACACCACCACCAGGGCCUGCGCUCUUUGGGGCCUGGCUGAAGACAGUGACUACACAGUGCAGGUCAGGAGCAUUGGCCUCCGGGGAGAGAGCCCCCCAGGGCCCCGUGUGCACUUCCGCACUCUCAAGGGUUCUGACAGACUGCCCUCCAACAGCUCCAGCCCAGGUGAUAUUACAGUGGAGGGUCUGGAUGGAGAGCGACCAUUGCAGACAGGGGAAGUUGUCAUCAUUGUAGUGGUAUUGCUCAUGUGGGCUGCUGUAAUCGGGCUAUUCUGCCGGCAGUAUGACAUCAUCAAGGACAACGACUCCAACAACAACCCCAAGGAGAAGGGGAAGGGGCCAGAACAGAGUCCUCAGGGAAGGCCAGUGGGGACAAGACAGAAAAAGUCUCCAUCCAUCAACACCAUUGACGUUUGAGUGAAUGAAGAACAGGAACCAGAAGAGAGGAUGCACUGUCCUGCAUAGGGACCCAUGUCACCUGCAUCAGGACUAUUGGCACCCACUAGCUGCCCC